AUGCAUGCAACAGUAUCUCCAGGAGAUGGAACAGAACCAGGGCUCAGAGAGGCUAAAGAAACAGCCAAGUUGUUCAUAAAAGAAAUUUACCGGUUACAUGGGUUGCCAAACAGCUUAGUCUCAGACCGGGGAACCCAGUUCACAGCUAAGUUUUGGAGAGCAGUUUGGAAGCAGUUGCAGACGGAGCUGAAACUUUCUUCUGCUCAUCAUCCCCAGACGGACCGGCAGACGGAGAGACUGAAUGCCGUGUUAGAGAGGUAUUUACGUUGUUAUGUUUCUUAUCAACAGAAUGACUGGGUUUCCUAUUUGCAUUUUGCAGAGUUCGCCUAUAAUAAUUCUGUGCAUACCAGCAGUGGGCAGACGCCCUUCUUUGCUAAUCAUGGACUGAAGUUGCCAGCUACCUUCAAAAUACAUCCUGUGUUUCAUCGCUCCUUGCUAACGAAAGCAGCCCCUCCCAGCGAUUUACGACCAGUGGAAGUCCCGGGGCCACCCAUUCUAGUAAAUGGACAACCAGAGUUUGAGGUGGAACAGAUUCUUGAUUCCAGAAGGAGGCAUAAUCAAUUACAGUAUUUAAUUCACUGGAAGGGGUAUGGGCCAGCUGACAGAUCUUGGGAAAAUGAGAGGGAUGUGCAUGCCCCAGAUUUAGUGAAAGAAUUCCAUCAACGGUUUCCCCAUCGCCCUAAGCCGACAGGCCUACUUCUGAGGGCGAACCAAGUAAAAUGGCGUCUAAACCUUCUGAGCCUGGAAGAUCGGAAGAUACAGCAGCUCUCAUUCAAAGGGAAUUUACUACCCAAUUUUUACAGCAAAAGCGAGAUCUCAGGAGAAUGGGCAGCCACUCUAAAACCUAUUGAGACUAAACUGGUGUCUUUGGAUAGUAAAACCAAAGAAGUGGAAACAGCAGCAGCAGAAGCUGCAGAUAUGAGUAUUCAAAAUGCAGAGCUGAUUUUUAAACUAAAAAAGUCUACAGUGGAUCUCCAACUUGCAGAUUUGGAGGACAGGGGACGUAGACAGAAUCUUCACUUACAUGGGAUUCCUGAAGAUUCGGAAGGCUUGGAAAUGUGA